AGUGGUGAACAGGGGGUGGUCCUGCUCCUCUACAGUUAAACACUUGUCCUGUAGGUGUAGCCCGUCUGGUUAGGCGCUCUUACGGGCAACUUCUCGCGGAGCUGUUUCCAGCACGGAGGUCUACAGGCCAGAAACCAGACCGCGGAGCCGAGCGAGAAGAGGUUAGAUUGGACUGAAGUGAACUUCAGCGGACACAUGAGAGUAUUCGCGUGAGUCCCGACACUCCAGCGCCGCAGACAUGUUCACGCGCGGGGCGAGGAAGCGACGCUCCAGUCGCUCGAUAGACGCGGAUGAGGAUCCAGACCGGGGGCAGCCGUGUAUGCGCUGUGGAGAACAGUGUCCUGGCUUCCGCAUGCAUGGAUGGAGGAAGAUCUGUGUGCACUGUAAGUGUGUGCGGGAGGAGCAUGUGGUGCGCUCUGUGCCCGGACAGCUGGAGAGGAUGAUGAUGAAGCUGGUGUCAGACUUCCAGAGGCACUCCAUAUCCGACGACGACUCGGGCUGCGCCUCGGAAGAAUACGCCUGGGUGCCACCCGGGAUCAAGCCUGAACAGGUGUAUCAGUACUUCAGCUGUAUUCCAGAGGACAAGGUUCCAUACGUCAACAGUCCAGGAGAACGAUAUCGAAUUAAACAGCUUCUACACCAGCUGCCGGCCCAUGACAGCGAGCCUCAGUACUGUAACUCUCUGGAUGAAGAAGAGAAGAAAGAAUUGAGGUUAUUCAGCCAGCAGAGGAAGAGAGAGAAUCUGGGCCGCGGCAUCGUACGACUUUUUCCAGUCACCAUGACCGGAGCCAUCUGUCAACAGUGUGGCAGGCAGAUCUGCGGCGGUGACAUAGCGGUGUUUGCGUCACGAGCGGGUCACGGCUCCUGCUGGCAUCCUCAGUGCUUCCAGUGCUCUUCCUGUAACGAGCUGCUGGUGGAUCUCAUUUACUUCUAUCAGGACGGACACAUCUACUGCGGCCGGCACCACGCCGAGCACAUCAAACCCCGCUGCCAGGCCUGCGACGAGAUCAUCUUUGCGGACGAGUGUACGGAGGCGGAGGCCCGGCACUGGCACAUGAAGCACUUCUGCUGUUUCGAGUGUGAGGCAGCGCUGGGUGGCCAGCGCUACAUCAUGAGAGAGAGCCGGCCGUACUGCUGCCACUGCUACGAGUCUCUGUACGCCGAAUACUGCGACACCUGCGGAGAACAUAUCGGUAUAGACCAGGGUCAGAUGACGUUCGAGGGCCAGCACUGGCACGCGUCCGAGGCGUGUUUCUGCUGCGCCUGCUGUCGGCUCCCUCUGCUGGGCAGACCCUUCCUGCCUCGCGGCGGACUCAUCUUCUGCUCCCGCUCCUGCUCGCUCGGGGACGACCCAGACAACUCCGACUCCUGCGAUUCUGCCCUGCAGAGCAAACCAGUGUCACACAAGACCGUUCAAAACCAGCAGCGCACUUCCACACCACGGCCACAGGAGGGAGCCAACGUCACUGCCGCCGUCAGAGCAGCGAGCACAACAACAGCCAACGGGGGUCAUUUUACACUGGACAGCAAAGGUGUUCUCACCUCUUUCCAUCCUAUUCCGAAUGGCCAACCUCCACCGUAUGAACAAAUACACACACAACACUCACAGCUCCGUCCAGCAGCCAAUGACAGGACAGCAUUCGUUUGCAAGGACCAAUCAGGCAUCAGCACACAGCAGGGGAAUCACCGGCCAGACAGUCUGGAGUUUACCGUGGAGUUGAACGGAUACGCAGAAUUUGGCCCUUUCCCGCUGAGCUGCACGUCUAGAGGGACUUCCACUGCAAAGGAUUGUGGGAACGUCAGUUGUACAGGAAUUUCCUCUCAACUGGAGUCUUCAGAUGCGUUUGAUGAUCUAAAUGACUCCGACUCCUUCCCGCCUCCUCCUCCCCCUGUUUUCUUCCAUCCGUCUGAUUCGCCAAGCCCUUCGGAUCCCCCGGCCGCUGUCACUGAAGCCGAGGACGCCCCUGCAGCACCGGUCCGCAGCAGCACCGCCAGGGUCAGCUUCAGAGAGCCGAUCAGCUGCAGCUAUUCAGUGGAAGAGGAAGAGUGGGAGGAAGAGGAACGGGUGGAGAUGCAGAGAAGAGAGGGAGAGGAUGAGGAGCAGGAGGAAGAUGGAGAGGAAGUCGAAGGAAGUUUGGGACACAGGUUGCGCUUCUGCACUGAAGUACCAUCUCAAAUGGACAUGCUGGGUAAGAUCAUAAUGCCCGCUAAAACAAUGUGCUAUUAUUAUUAUAGGCUAUUUAACAGCAGCAUUCGAGCAUUAAAAUAGUAAUGAAAUAGACAACAAUGGC